AUGACGUUGGGUUGUGAUUGUCAGAAACGCACCUUCCACGAGGACUGCUCUGACCAGUUCAGACAAAUUGUUGCCAGGCCACGCUCUGCCUUGAUCCUGUAUGGCUCCGAGACAGGCAAUGCACAAGAUGUAGCCCAAGAGAUCGCUCGCUUGACUGAGCGUCUGCGUUUCGAUACUACUGUCAUAGAUCUUGACUCGAUAGAACUACGUGAUCUGCUCAAGCAUACUAUAGUCAUAAUCGCUAUAUCGACCACUGGACAAGGCGAAUUCCCACAGAAUGCCCGUUCCUUCUGGAAAGUCUUGUUGAGCAGUCAACUUCGUCCAGGUGUUUUAAGGCGCGUCAACUUCACCACCUUUGGUCUUGGUGAUAGCUCGUAUCCACAGUACAAUGUCGCUCAUCGUAUGCUACACAAUCGUAUGCUGCAACUGGGCGCACAACUGUUCUCUGAGCGUGGCGAAGGCAACGAGCAACACCCGGAAGGUCACAACGGCGACUUUCGUGCAUGGAUCGUGGAUCUGAAGCAAGGACUUUUACAGCAUUUCCCCUUGCCUGAGGGGCAGGAUGUUAUCCCCGAGGACGUAUUCCUGGAGCCAAAGUGGUACCUACGGGCUUCUGCCACAAGGACUGACGCUAGCGCCAAUAACCAACCGAAAACUGGAACCUCCUCUGAAGUCCUUACUCUGGAGACUCCGCCAGCGAGUGACCUUCUACCAAUACGAGACAGUGUUACUGCUGACCUCAUAGCGAACACUCGCCUGACUCCUCCAGAUCACAGUCAAGAUGUACGACUCCUGGAUUGUCGUGUGCCUUCCAACAUCGAUUAUGGACCUGGCGCUGUUGCUGUCGUAUACCCCAAAAACUUCCCCAAGGAUGUGGAUCAAUUUAUUGAUUGUAUGGGCUGGCAAUCUAUGGCUGAUACGUCUCUGGAGCUUGUUCCUACUGUGCAGGUCUCGGAUCUAGCUACAUAUCCCCCCUCGCCUCUCAGAUAUCUCGACUCGUCGAAAACAGCCUUCACCAUGCGCGAGCUCCUAGCAAACUACUUGGACAUACUGUCCAUACCUCGGAGGACAUUCUUCGCUUCAUUGGCUCACUUCACUAAAAACGGGAACGAGGACGAGGGUUACCAAAAGGAACGUAUCCUGGAGCUGGCCAACCCCGAGCUGAUUGAUGAGUUAUGGGAUUACACAACGCGCCCAAAACGAACCAUUCUGGAGAUCAUGCCUGAGUUCCCGAGCGUCAAGAUUCCGUGGGAAUAUGCUUUGAACAUAAUCCCAGUCAUGCGAGGCCGCCAGUUCAGCAUUGCAAGCGGAGGUAUCUUGAAACGCUUCGAAGAUGGUAAUACCAGAGUGCAAUUGCUUGUAGCGAUCGCGAAUCCUCCCAAUCCCAUCAUCAAAUUACGGAAGCGCUAUGGGGUCUGCACCCGGUACAUCGCAACAUUGCAGGCUGGACAGCAACUCAGCCUCACGAUCCAGCCGGGUUACUUGAAUGUGAGCCCAGACGAAGUCGAUGCACCUGUGCUUAUGAUCGGCCCAGGCACAGGCGUCGCGCCGAUGCGAUCGAUGGCUUAUGAGCGCGUACAAUGGGCACAGGAAAACAACUCGAAACAAUCCAGUGUACUGUUCUUCGGAUGCCGCAAUGAGAAGGCCGAUUAUUUCUUCGAAGAUGAGUGGCAGGACCUUGCAGUCGAAGGCCUCACCGUGUUUCCCGGGUUUUCGCGCGACCAAGACAAGCCGAAGACUUACGUCCAAGACUUGAUUCGCCAGAAAGCAAGUCUUGUCUACCAGAUUCUCGAGCGAGACGGGGGCAAGGUGUACGUUUGUGGAUCUUCUGGAAAUAUGCCUAAAGGAGUUCGCGAGGCACUGUCAGAUGUGCUUCGGGAAUAUGGUCACAUGGAACUGGAAAAGGCGAACGAGUACCUAGAUCAGAUGGAGAAAGAUGGCCGGUAUAAACAGGAGACAUGGUAA